AUGCCCAAUAAAUGUGCGAUGUGCUGUAUCUCCUGUAGCCACGCCCUCUCACUACUGCUGUGCGUCCUCAGCCUGACUCCGACGGGAACCAGGGCGGGUCCGGAGACCCUGUGCGGGGCGGAGCUGGUCGACAAGCUGCAGUUCGUGUGCGGGGAGAGAGGCUUCUAUUUCAGUAAACCAGGCUAUGGCCCCAACGCGCGGCGGUCCCGCGGCAUCGUGGACGAGUGCUGCUUCCAGAGCUGUGAGCUGCGGCGCCUGGAGAUGUACUGCGCGCCUCCCAAGACCAGCAAGGCCGCCAGGUCCGUCCGCGCACAGCGCCACACGGACCGGGCGCCGAAGGUCAGUGCCGCCGCCGCCGCCGGCCACAAGAUGGACAGGAGCGCGGAGCGUAGGACGGCACAGCAGCCGGACAAGACAAAAAACAAGAAGAGACCUUUACCUGCACAUAGUCAUUCAUCCUUCAAGAUUGUAUAG